AUGGAUGUCGAUUAUACCAGUCAAGUCGAUGAGGCUAUACCAAAAGCGAAUGCUAUUGCAGCGAAAGGAGACGUAGCUGGUGCCCUGGACUCUUUGGCCAAUCUUGAAAAGCUGUCGCGUCUCGGUUCCGAUAUGAAAAGCAACACGAGAAUUGUUCAACAUAUGGUGAAACUAUGCUUUGAUGGCAAGAAGUGGGAUCUUUUGAACGACACAAUACUUACCUUAUCCAAAAAGCGCCUGAUCAUCAAGGUGGCAAUCGCUAAAAUGAGGCUCUACAACGUAGCGCCUAACAACAUCAGCCUUCCCCUUUCCCUCCACUUCUCACGUGAUGCGUGUGAAAUGGUUGAGAAGAUGCCGAAUGAGGAAACGAAGAUGAAGCUUGUUGAUACUCUGCGAACCGUUACGGCUGGAAAAAUCUAUGUAGAAGUGGAAAGGGCUCGUCUCACAUCUCUUGUCGUGAAGAAAAUGGAAGCAGAAGGUAAAUUUGAGGAAGCAGCGAAUCUUAUCCUGGAGCUGCAGGUUGAAACAUACGGAUUCGAUGGAGAUCAAAGAGAAGUUGCACGAGGCGAUUAUAUCAGAGCGGGAAUUAUUUCGAACAAAAUCAGUACAAAGUUCUUCAACAGCGAUAAAGAAGACGUUCAAGACUUGAAAAUUCGUUUCUACAAUUUGAUGAUUACUAUUGGACUUCAAGACUCGAAAUACUUGGAUGUUUGUAGACAUUAUAGAGCGCUUUUCGAUACUCCCAAGAUUGCAGCAGACACUGAGAAGUCUCGAUUAGUCUUGAAAUGUGCUGUAAUUUACUGCCUGUUAGCGCCACAUACAAAUGAGCAGUGGGAUCUUCUUAAUCGUAUAUCCUUGCUAAGAGAAUUGGAACUCGUUCCUGAGUAUAGGGCCUAA